AUGCUGGCUUGUACAGAGAUGAUCACUAUGUGCCUGCAGUCGGCCAAACAGAAGCAUCUUCGGGCUCAGCAGCAACAGCCGCCGCUGCACAGCGCCGGACAGGGGCUGACUAUCUUUCAUGAUAUUUUCCGCAGAGCAGACAAAAACGAUGAUGGCAAGUUGUCAUUUGAAGAGUUCAAUGCUUACUUUGCUGAUGGGAUCCUGACUACUGAGGAGCUGCAAGAGCUUUUCUACUCCAUAGAUGGUCGACAGAAUAACAAUCUGGACACUGACAAGCUAUCAGAUUACUUCUCUCAGCACCUUGGCGAGUAUCUAAAUGUCCUUUCAGCCCUGGAGAGCCUGAAUAUUGCAAUUUUAAAGGCAAUGGACAAAACUAAAGAGGAGUACCAGGGUUCCAGCGUGUUGGGUCAGUUUGUCACCAGGUUCAUGCUCAGAGAGACAUCCAGUCAGCUGCUGUCUCUACAGAGGUCCCUGCAGUGUGCCAUGGAGGCUGUGGAAGAGCAGAGCAGCCCUGCCCCGAGAGAGGUAAAGGCACCGGAGCUGACAGCGGUACAGAGAAACGGCAGGCGGUGUGGUCGCAGGGUCCAUAACAACCUGUGCAUGUCCCCAUCCGAUCCCUGCUCUGCCAUCCUGACCACAGGUGUCACUAUGGAAGGUGGAGAGAACUGGUGCUCCCAGAUCAACAGGCUGCAGCAACUUCUGGAUAAACUGGAGUGUCAGAGUCCUAAGUUGGAGCCACUCAAGGAGGAUUCACUGGCCGGAACAUACAAGUCUAACAUCCUGCUGGUUCAGAGGCAGAUGUCGGUGACUGAUGAUGAUCUGGACAACUUCCGGAAAGUUCUGAAGAGCUACAUCGAUGCCACCUCAGCUCACUCUGACAACCUGCAUGUGUCCAUUCAGAAGCUCCCGGGAAAGUCGUGUUACAUAAUGUAUGAGUUCUGGCAAGACCGCAUCUCCUGGAUGAGCUAUCUUCAGUCCAAUGACAGUAAAGAUUUCCAACGCUGCAUCAUUGAUAUGUUGGAGGAUGCGGAAGUAGUAUCUACUAUGUUGCUCCCAGCUUCCUGGUGGAUUAUGACUAACAACUAGCAACUAAAUCCAGAAUGUCACAUCUACUGCCUACACUGUCACACGGACAAAGACACGCUGGCGCAUCAACCCACCCACCUACAUGCACUCUCUCACACACACAUUCAGACA